AUGCACCACGAGGCGGCAGACCGCAGACUGCAAGUACGUGAAGCCAGCGCCAAGCCCGCCCACAACGACGCCAAACCCUUUGCGGAUGGGCUGUUCUUCGUGUGCACGGGCGACUUGACUUGCUCCCUCUUUGCGGAGAAGGAGAUCGAGAGGAGUCCAUGGACCGUCACCCGCCCUGACCACCGGCUCAUGGCAAUUGAGCAUCCCGCUGCUAACCCCAGAUCAGACGGCAGACAGUCCAGUGCUUUCCCGGCCCUCGGAUCACACUCUGACGCGAAGGAGUGCUACAAGUAUCCCCAUGCUCCCAGCGUUACGAGGCUACCCGUCUCCUUCUCUCCUUCUCUGACGGGAUGUCUAUCAAGAGGAGGCGGGAGCUAUACGGCCCAGAACAUUGUUAUCGACUCUUCUACAAUCCAAUACGCAAAAUGA